CCGAAACGGCUUGAGAGUAUUUAGAAACUGUCCUCCAGGGCAUGGGCGUUGUUGGACCAUUCGUUUGGCCUGUAUCACCAUAGGUGCAGACAUGUUGUGUAGCCUGGCGCCCGGAGACUCGUCUAUUUGUUCUCGCAUGCAAGCGCGGUAUUAUUUUUAUCUUCAUUUUUCCCUUGGUUGAAGUGGCACUACGCCUCGACAAUCAUGAACCGAGAAAUUCCAGGGUUUUAUUAUGAUCCCGAAAAGAAGAAAUAUUUUGCAAUUCAGGCAAACCACAAAUCAGCGCCGGGGUCCCAAUAUUCCAAAGAUGCCAUCAAGCGAAAGCGCGCUGACCAGGAGAAGCGGACACGAAAAGCCCGUCUGGUUCAAAGAUAUGAGAAAGAAAAGAUCAAGAGAGCUGCGUGCCUGCAGCAUCCCCUCAUGCAGGCACGGAGAGAGAUAGGCGCACUUCCCGCAACCAGCUCUGUUGAGCAUGAACAGCGAGGGUUGGCGUACGCGAGCCAGUUCCGACGAAAACAGUUACAUCAGUUCGAACCUUGGCCAGGUCAGUAUACGAUAAAGCAUAUUCUGCGUAAUCCGCGGUCCGGGAUCUUGAUUGCUAGCGGACAUCGCGGUGGCGAGUCGUCAGUGUCUGUUUGUUUCCCUGAUUGUGAUCAGGAAAAAUGGACAUACAAUCGAACUAUGGAGCGGCUCCUUUUCAAAGAGCCGUAUAGGCUUUCAUCACUUUCUCUAAGUCACACCGGAUACCUAUUAGCGACGAUGGACAGCGGUCCAGAUGGAGACUCCUUCCUCGCACCACGAAUGCUCCCAGAUCCCGACGAAGGCGGAGAUUAUCGAUGGCCACCAUUCUUCUCCCACCCGAUACGCAUCCACACCACCUCAUCUUUAUGGUGUUCCUCACCAUCCCCAACAGGCGACAUGCCACGCUUCGCAGUCGGGACCUCCGAAGGUCUCUACACCCUGGAAGGCUUCGGAAGCUACUGGGCGCUUUCUAAAAAGCCAUUCCCAAAUGAAAUGUCCAUAGGCAACCCGAAACGUCGCCGCCCAGACUCCUCACAUGCCCAGAUCACCGCUGUAGAAUGGCUGUCGCCCGACGUCAUCGCAGCCGGCCUCAAAGACUCCACCAUCUUCCUCCAUGAUAUCCGCUCUGGUGGAAGUGCAACGCGACUCCAGCAUCCUCACGCGGUCACGAAGAUCCGCAAACUCGACCCAUAUCGGAUGGUUGUCGCUGGAAUAAACUCUCUUCAAAUGUACGACAUCCGCUACCCACCCAAUAACCUGCAACGAAACCCGAAUCCCAACGCAAAACACCACACCUCCACACGGCCUUAUCUCAACUUCUCAAACCACUCGCCGGAAAUCAUUCCGGACUUCGACCUCAGUCCUGAGCUGGGGAUUCUUGCUAGCGCCUCCUCCGACGAUCGCACAGUACAGCUCUUUUCACUACGUACAGGGGAACAGAUCGUUUCCCCACUGACGAGAUACCAGUAUCGGGAUUCGAUCAAAUCUAUUUGUUUCGAGUCUGGGAACUCGUCGUCCCAUGGACCGCAGACGCCUAGUUUGCUGGUUUGCUCUGAAGCGACGGUCGAUGAAUGGAAUUGGUGAAUUGGGAUCGGUAUCUGAGAAGACAGUGCAGUGGGAGAGUUUAACUGGGUUGGGUUGAGAAAGAUGGCUUAUGAGAUACGUUAUUGCUAUUGCUAUUACUAUUGUUUUUGAUAUUGGCAUUGUCAUUGCUAUUCAAGCCUUGGGGGUGUUCUUCGUCUUCUUCUUCCAAAUUCUAACUAACGCCGGAUAUGCUAUGGAUACAUUAUUCCAAAAUUCCACAAAGAAGGGAAAGCAAGAAAAUUCGUAAAAAAAAGCAAAAAUAUGAAUUAUUAAAACACCGAUUAAUCGAGCCCACCGGCU